CUCACGGGCUGCCGUACCUUACGAAAGCGAAGGUUAGCUAGCUUAUGUGCUUAUUUCGCGUGUCGGCGUGCUGACAUUGAACACCCCACACCUUCUACAACUUGUUCUCGCUGCCCUUUUGUAAACUUAAAGGAUCCUCAUCAUGAUCACUGGAAAGCGCCUGGCUGACAUCGGCUAUCGGACCUUCUCAGCCUCCAUGAUGCUGCUGACGGCCUACGGUGGUUACCUUUGUGUUAUGCGAGGAUACCGCUACAUGCAGAAGCAGAAACAGCUUCAACUGGCAGCAGAGAACCAGGAUCCAGAAGUCAUCAAAGACUGAUACUGAAAGGAAAGCUUUUCUUUAUUUGCACAGAUGUGGACAUUUCCCAUUCCUUUUCUUUCUUCGUCCAUCACCAAAUCAUGAAGAUGUUGAAUCUUCCCUGGACGUUUGUCUGAUUUCAGUGAGGGCAUUGGGCUCGCACAAGGAAGUGCGUUGUCAUAAGAGCUUCACCAAGCAAAUUUACUGAGAACAUAUUUGCAUCACUGACCUGUGUAGAAUCCGUGUCUGGGUUGGAACCGUUUCAGGAGUGAAGAUGGCUGUAAUUGUUUGUACUAUAUUAAAUUAAAUGCCUUUAAACAAA